GAGGCUGCGGGCUGCUGCUGGGCUCGGCGCUGGCGGCGGAGACGAGCGGCUCUACGCGGCGGCGGUGAUGCCCGCGCUCCGGGCGCUGCCCCCCCGAGACCGCCCACGCCUGGCUCUUCGCGCUGCUGCCCUCGGGCUUGCUGCCCCCCGCCCGUCCCGACGCCCCGCGCUGGAGGUGCGAGUCCUCGGGCAGCGAUUCCGCAACCCCCUGGGCCUGGCCGCUGGCUUUGACAAGCGUGAGGCUGUGGACGGGCUGUACAAGAUGGGCUUUGGCUUUGUGGAAGUGGGGACCGUCACGCCCAAGCCCCAGGAAGGGAACCCCAAGCCCAGGGUCUUCCGGCUGGCAGAGGACGAGGCGGUCAUCAACAGGUAUGGAUUCAACAGCCAUGGCCAUGUUGCAGUGGAGCAUAGGCUGCGGGCCCGCCAGGAGACGCAGACCAGGCUCACUGGUGCGGGAUGCCCCUUUGGAAUCAACCUGGGCAAGAACAAGAGCUCCAUAGACGCUGCAGCUGACUACGUGGCUGGGGUCCGGACACUGGGCCCUUUGGCUGACUACCUGGUUGUGAACGUGUCCAGCCCGAACACCCCAGGGCUGCGGGACCUGCAGGGCAAGACUGAGCUGCAGGACCUGCUGAGAAAGGUGCUGGCAGAGAGGGACCUGCUGCCCUGCGAGCACAAGCCAGCCGUGUUGGUGAAGAUCGCCCCUGAUCUCACUGCACAGGACAAGCGCGACAUUGCCAGCGUUAUCUGCGAGCUAGGUGUGGAUGGGCUGAUUGUCAGCAACACCACCGUGAGCCGCCCCAGCAGCCUCCGGAGCAGGCAGCGCAUGGAGCCCGGGGGCCUCAGCGGGAAGCCCCUGCGGGAACUCUCCACACAGACCAUCAGGGAGAUGUACUGCCUCACCCAAGGCCGGGUGCCCAUCAUCGGGGUGGGUGGGGUGAGCAGCGGGCGGGAUGCCCUGGAGAAGAUCCGUGCCGGAGCCUCCCUUGUGCAGCUGUACACAGCCCUUGUGUACCAUGGGCCACCGGUGGUGGGGGCAGUGAAGCGGGAACUGGAGGAGCUGCUGAGGGCUUCAAGAACGUCAUGGAGGCAGUUGGAGCAGAUCACCGGUGCUGACAUGCUGCAGAACCAAGGUCUAGCCAGGAGGAGCCAUGGCUGAGCAGGAAUGAGUCUGAUAAUUCCAGUGCUGGGCAGGCUGGGACCAAGCCAAGGUCUUGGUCCCAGGCCCUGAGAAGAGCCUCUGUCUGAUGGGUGAAGCAGGAGCUGCAUUAGUGGGGAGCAGGGGAGGGGACCUCCACACCAGUGCCACUGCCCAGGGCUGUGUUUUGGCUUUCCUGUGGGCAGCUGAACCCAGCCCAAGUAUCAAUAAACAUUUGGCUCACCU